AUGGACAAAAUACCUGCCAAGACUGGGAUGGCGGCAUGGACCGCAAAGAAAAAGAUUUUCGUAUCUUUGAUCAUCGGCUUCAUUAUCAUUGCUAUCGGUGUAGGACUCGGCGUCGGCCUGGGAAUCGGGCUGAAGAACCAUGGCGGAGGUGGCGAGGAUGAGGGAAGCGGAGGAAAUACCACUACUGGAGGUAAUACGACCGUCAAGUGGCAGCCGGAGGUUGGAGUGAAGUGGCAGAUCGAGCUUCUCUACGCGCUCAACGAUACCUCGGUGGAUGCGCACAUCUACGACAUCGAUAUGUUCGAUAAUGACAAGGACAUGAUCUCCAAGCUCCAAGGCAUGGGCCGCAAGGUCAUUUGUUACUUCUCCGCUGGGACAUAUGAAUCCUGGCGCUCGGAUGCGGGAGACUUCGCCAAGUCAGACCUCGGCAAUAAUCUCGAUGACUGGCCCGGGGAAAGAUGGCUAGACACCAACUCGGACAACGUUCGUAAGAUCAUGAAGACCCGCUUGGAUCUUGCCCAGACCAAAGGUUGUGACGGUGUGGAUCCAGACAACAUCGAUGCCUACGACAAUUCGAAUGGCCUCAAGCUGACCGAAGACGACGCAAUCAACUAUGUGAACUGGCUCGCGUCGCAGGCUCAUUCGCGAGGGUUGUCUCUGGGUCUGAAGAACGGAGGCGAUAUAAUUGACUCUGUCAUUUCCAACAUGCAGUGGUCCGUCAAUGAGCAAUGUGCGCAAUACAAAGAGUGUGACACAUAUUCGGCCUUCAUCGAUGCCAACAAGCCCGUCUUCCACAUCGAAUACCCCAAGGGAGAUGAUACGAACAACAACAACGCAGUCACCACGACCCAGAGGUCGUCAGCUUGCAAUGCUGCCAGCUCGGGCAAUUUCUCAACCGUCAUCAAAAAUAUGGAUCUGGACAAUUGGGUAGAGUACUGCGGAUGA